UUGAGCGGGCGCGGUGCCGCCUAGGCCAAGCCGGGCCUUGGGGGAGAGAGAGAGGAGAAGACAACCGCCGGGGCGAAAGCGGGCGGCAGCGGUGGGGCUGGGCCCGCGGGCCGGGCAUUAUGGAAGAAGACCUGGCUUCUCUGUUCUUCCAGCAACAGUACAUGUGCUCAGAGUGUGGGUGUCUCUACGACACUUUGGAAGAGGUGCUGAUCCACCAGGAAGGGCACCUAACGGAGCCCCACGAGGCCCCAGCCGCCGCCACUGUGGUGGAUGCCGGGUCCCAGCAGGGCAGCCGUUACCAGUGCCUGGAGUGUGGGUGUGUCCUCUUCUCACCGGACGAACUGCUGGCCCACCAGGAGGUCCACCCCCGGGAGGUGCCGAGCCAGCCCCCACCCCCGUCGGCUUCCGUGGGACAGAUCCGCUACCAGUGCAACGAGUGUAACAAACUGUUUCCCUCCACGAGCCUGUGGCUGGUGCACCGGCAAACACACCAGAAGCAGGAGGCCGCAGGGGAGCCCCGGCCGUCAGCUCCGUCAUCCUGCCAGACGGCUCCUUCCCCGCUGGCCCACUUACCAGCUCCCCAGCUCCCCCAGCCGGAGUCCCCACCUCCCUCCCAACCCGCUCUGCCCAUUCAUCCCUACGAGUGCUCGGAGUGCGCCCGCCUCUUCCUGACACCGGAGGAACUGCUGGAGCACCAAGGCGAGCAUUUCACAGAGAUCGAGAAAGAAAGCGGGGAGGUGCCCGAGGCUGCGGCCCAGGAGACCAGCGGUCCGCACACGGCCCCGGCGCCAGGCCCCGAGGAGCCUCCGGACGCCGCUCCCCCCGCUCCGGCCUUCCGCUGCGGCGAAUGCCAGCAGGCCUUCAGUACGGCGGAGGCGCUGCGGCGGCACCAGCAGGAGCACCUUGGCGGCGGCGAGGAGUUCCUGUGCGGCGAGUGCCAACGCGGCUUCACCACGGCGAAGCGGCUGCUGGCGCACCAGCGGGUCCACGUGGACGGCACCUACGAAUGCCCCAACUGCAACAAGAUCUUCAAGAAGGCGACGUCCCUGGAGCAGCACAUGCGCGUCCACAAAGGGGAGGCACUCUACCUCUGCGUGGACUGCGGGCUCGGCUUCUCCACCGAGAUGACCUUGAUUGUGCACCGGAAGAGCCACACCGCCAACCCCCUGCACCGCUGCCACUGCGGUAAAACCUUCAGUAACAUGACAAAGUUUCUCUACCACCGUCGCACCCAUGCUGGUAAGAGUGGGGUCCCGCCUGCUCGCGGGGCAGGAGAACAGGCACCCAACCAACCUCCUGAGGCUCCGGCUGUCGGAAAGUCUGGCGUGAAUGGCUCUUCCUCCUCCUCUUCCUCCUCCCCUCCCAGCACAGGGACAGCCACUGAGGCGCCCAGCACUGGUUUCCUGUGCCCUCAGUGCGGAAAGGCCUUUUCCACCCACAUCCGGAUGGUGCGGCACAAGCGGGUGGUGCACGUCCUGGAGCGCAAGCACAAGUGCCCCACCUGCGGCAAAAAAUUCAAGAAGCUGGUGCACGUGCGGAACCACCUGCGGACGCACACCGGGGAGAGGCCUUUCCAGUGCUCGGAGUGCGGCAAGACCUUCGUCUCCCAGGCCAACCUGGCCCGGCAUCACGUGACGCACACCGGGGAGCGCCCCUACCAGUGCCAGGUCUGCGACAAGCGCUUCACCCAGUCCUCCAACCUCCGCCAGCACCGCCUCUUGCACGCAGCCAAUGGGGAGGGGCCCCAGUCAGCCCUGCACCGGACUACGCAUGCGGGGUGCCUGGCCUUCUCCUGUCCGGACUGUGAUAAGUGCUUCCCACGCCGCCACCUCCUGGAACUGCACCGGCUUAGCCAUUCCGGGCAGGAGCCCCAGCGCUGCCCGGACUGCGGCGUCCUCUUUGUGCUGACUUCCAAAUUGCAGGAGCACCGCUGCGGCCGGCGCCAGGAGCAUGCAACGGCCCAGUCUUACCCCUGCCUGUCGUGCGGCAAGUACUUGGGGUCCCUGGCAAAGCUGGCCAUGCACCAGCUGGUCCAUUCGGGCCAGCGCCCUCACCUCUGCCCGAUCUGCGGGAAGGCCUUCACCACCGCCAGCGGGCUGAGCCGCCACCAACAGCGCCACACCGGCCUGCGGCCUCACAAGUGCCCCGUCUGUGCCAAGAGCUUUGUCGCGGCCUCUGGGCUGCAGCUGCACCAGCGCAUCCACACGGGCGAGCGCCCUUUCCCUUGCCCGGACUGCGGCAAGGCUUUCCGGCAGGCCACCCACCUGCAGGAGCACCGGCGGCUGCACACGGGGGAGCGCCCCUACCUCUGCCCGGACUGCGGCAAGGCCUUCGUGCAGUCCAUGCACCUGGCUGAGCAUCGGCGCAUCCACACUGGCGAGCGCCCCCACCCCUGCCCUGUGUGCCCCAAGACCUUUAAGACGCUGUCCAACCUGCGCAGCCACCGCAAGACCCACACGCAGCUGGUGGUCAACCAGGGCGUGCUCCAGUCCGCAGGGUCCUUUGCGGCGACCGCCCAGCCGACCUACGCGAUCAUGUGCACUGAAUUUGGGGAGACCAUUGCGAUCUUAGAGAGCACCGAUCCACUCCCCUUGGGGGGGACGAUAGAGAUUUACGAGACUACGCUGGAAGGCAACGUCCAGGUUAACGCGUUUGUAUAGGGGCCAAGCGUCAUUCAGCUCUUCCUUGCACAAGAACCCGAUGCAUGGCAGCGGGAAGCGGAGGGCAGUUUCCGUAAUUCCAUCAUCGGUCAGGCUUGAGUCUCCCAGCACUUGCGCACUGAUCGCACGGUGCCCAAAUGGAACCUGUUCAGUUUGUGUCUGGGCCAAGCCCCACCCCCACUUACAUGCCUCGUAUGGAGGUUUUCUUGGGACAUUGCCUUUUUUUGUGUGUGCAAGGUUGGGGUGCCAUAGAAUGGACUGUGAAGUUUGGUACUGUCUCAACCGCACAAUUUAUUGUAAAUUUAAAAAGUUUGGUUAUAUUCAGUUCAGGAGUUCCUCCCAUUUCAUC